AUGUUCGAGGAGGACGAUGCUAGACUUAACACGCCUUUGUUGGUUAUCACGGAGGCUUUCGAGGAUCUAGCGGAUUUGCUGAAACCGCCGUGUAAGCAACGGUGUUAUCUCGGCGACGAGUCAGUUGAUGGAUUGAGGCUCGAUGCGUUUUGCAAUGCGUGUACUCAUGUCUCUGUUCUCUUCGGUUGUCUCGGAUUCGCCUUCAAGUUCGCGGAGAUGGAGUACGUUUCCAAGGUAAGGGAUUUGGUGGAGGCGUCAAAAACAUUCAACACGUUACAGAACAUUUUGGAUCUAGAUGUGGAGAAUACAACAGUAAAAAAACCGGGAAGCUAUUCGCGAAAUCUGCGACGUGUUAGACAAGGCUUAGAUCUAAUCCGAGCCAUUUUCGAACAAUUCUUGAUGACCAAUGAGUGUUAUUCUUUGAAAGAUGCUGCAACAAAAGCUUAUACACAAGUGUGUGCACCGUUUCAUACAUGGACCGUUAGAACCGCGGUUUACGCAGGAAUGUAUACACUUCCGACUAGGGACCAACUUCUGUUACGGCUCAAUGAAACAGAUCAAUCUGUGGAGAAGAACAUGAGGAGGUACAUGGAAGCGUCGCGACCAAUCAUAGAUUAUAUUGACAAGCUUUACAUUGAUAGGAACAUUAAACUGGAUUGGUAA